UUAAAAUUAACUUUUUUCAAAACAAUAGUAUGCUACAGUGUAAACAAAUAUCACACUUUACUUAAAUUCCUUUUGCUGUAACUCUUAACUUAGUUAUUUAAACGUAUACUAAUUUCAUAACAAGCAGUUUUCGUUAAAAGCAAAGGGAGGUUAUUAGAAAAUGAAUUUGGAAAAUACUAUAAAUGUACAAAAUCAAAUUCGAGAAAAUUCUGAGGACCUUCAGAAUUUUUUGAAAGAUAUGGAUAUUUGGGAGACGGACAUGAAAAGGAGAGAAGAAGAAAGGAAACUUCUUCAAGUAUCUGAUGAACAAGUAAUUCCACCAAUUCGAAAUUCUUUGUCGAGAUCUAAAAAGAAAAGUAGACGAUUGAAAGUUAAAAAAGAAGAUGAUGCGAAGGAAGAACGUAUAUCCAGUUAUAAUUACAAAGCGUGGGAACAUUAUGAUGCUGACUUGGAACUUAAAAAAUUAGACGAAGAAAAGAAAGAAUCAAGUGAUUCAGAAAGUACUGAUUCUGAAGAGCAGUUAACUAUACAGAAAAACAAACAACUUGCAAUAAUAAAAAAAGAUAAGGGUAAUGAGCUUUUUAAAGCUGGUAAUUAUGACUCUGCUAUUAAUACAUAUACAGUUGGGAUGCAGCUAGAUCCAGAAAAUGCAAUACUACCAGCUAAUCGAGCAAUGGCUUUCUUAAGAAAGGAUCAAUUUCAGGCUGCUGAAGAUGAUUGUACUUUAUGUCUUUCCCUUGAUCCCUCUUAUGUGAAAGCUUAUUUAAGAAGAGGCACUGCUAGAAAGGCUUUAGAAAAAUUUGACCUGGCUCGUAAUGACUUCUUAAAAGCUUUAGAGUUGCAGCCUGAUAGUAAGCAUGCACUACAAGAACUAGAAAAAUUAAAUAAGGAAGUUGCCAUUAAAGCAGAAAAUGACAAAACAAAUGGAACAGUCAAAGUAAGUGAUAACAGUGUGCAAGAUGAAAUGAAAUCUAGUGGAUUAUUUGCUGAUGCCAAAGCAGUUUCUACAUUAAACAGUGAUGCAGGUUUUCAUGAGGAAUCUUUUACAAAACUAGAAGUAUCGAAUUACAGUCAUGAUGAAUUCAAAGAAGGAUUAAAAAUUGAAAACAAAUCAUUGUUGAAUACAGUUGAACAGAAUCACAAUGAAAAAAGUUCAAGUAUUAAAGUAUCAAAAACAGUGAAACCUCAUGAUUCAUCUCAUUCUAAACAUGUGGAAGGCAAUGGAGUUUAUUCUAAUGAAUUGGAAAAUAUAAUUGCAAAAUUAGAGCAAAAAUUACCACCUGUUCCUACUGCCUCUUACCAAUUUUUAACUGACUGGAAAAAAUUAUCAAAAUAUCCUGAAUUAAAAUAUCAAUAUUUAAAACAAUUUCCUCCCGAAAAAUUUUCUAAAUUGUUCAAACAUUAUAUGGAACCAGAAAUAUUUCCAGAAAUUCUAAGUACUUUAAGUUCUUCUUUUAUUGACAAUGGUGAUGAUAUUGUGCCAUAUAUGAUGCACCUUGCUUCUGUUGGAAGAUUUAAUACAAUGCUAAUGUUCCUGACUGAUCCUGAAAAGAAAGAUUUAAGAAAACUUCUCAGCUAUGCAGAAAUGUCUGGUUAUCUUCCAGAGGAAGUGGAAGCUUUAUUAAAGCUAUAUAAAAUAUAAAACUUCAUUAUUUCAACAUUCAUUUUUCAGCAUUUAUUAUGUUGAGUUUGUAAAUCUUGUAAUAAAAGUUCAUUGUCAUUAUUUUUUUUAAUUUGGUUAAAUAAAUUUUUGUGCUCUUUUCUCAAUGUA